AUGGUCGUCAAGUCGAAGGCCACCUGCAGCCCGCCCGCGGCAGCAGCAGCAGCAGCCACAGAAGCAGGAAGCAAAAACGGACACACAGAUCCACAGCCACGGAAAAAAUUCCAAAUCCCUCAGCUGCUGCUACUUGGGCCGCCCGCGACCCUGCUGCUGCUGCUGCUGCUGCGCUGCUGCUGCUGCUGCUGCUGCUGCGCGCGGAGCAGCAGCAGGAGCAGCAGCAGCAGCGGCUGGAGCGGCGGAAGCAGCAGCAGCAGCAAGAGGGACAGGAAGGCGGAGCACCCUAGAAGCGGCCCUGUCUCAAACGGCUGUGGGCAUCCUGCGCGCCGGAAGUGCGGGGAGCAGCUGCUGCUGCAGCAGCAGGAGAGCAGCAGCAGCAGCGGGGCAGGCGGGGCUGCUGGUGGGGCGGGGGCGAGGCCCGCGGGAGCAGCAGGAGGCCGGGGAGCAGCAGCUGCGGCGGCGCAGCAGCAGCGGGGCCGGAGGAGCAGCAGCAGCAGCGGCGGCGGGGCGGCAGCAGCAGCAGCGGCUGGGGCCGAGGCGGCGGAGGGCCAGGAGGAACGCGGGGAGGCGGGGGGCGCAGGGGAAAGCUGGGAGCAGCAGCAGCAGGAGGCGCAGGCGCAGCAGCAGCAGCAGCAGCAGCAGCAGCAGCAGCACGCGCCGCGGCGGCCCGGGCGAGGCCGCGGGAUUCCAAGUUGCGAAAAGGCCGAGAGACAACUGGAAAGAAGAAAGGAAAGAUCCGUGGGAAUUGAAAAGAGCUAA